AUGUCGGGCUCCGGUAAAACACGCGAUUCUGCGCUUAAUGCCAUCAAGCGAUACAUGACAAAAAGCAUUGAUGAAGCAUUUUCCAUGGAUUCAGAAACGGUCACAAGCUAUUUGCAACUGUUGAGCGAGCAAUGGUCCCGGUUCAACUCAGCCCAAGAUGCAGUGGAAAUUUCUUGUGGAAGUGACAACGCCGAAUUGGAAGAAAAUGUACGCAUUCAAGCCGAAACAUGGUACUCUACGGCUUUGGCGAAUUUCAACCGGGUACAGAAGUGUCGUACACAACCUCCAAGUCAAAGUCACCCUACAGCUGCAUCAACGCCUGUGUGUGCUUCUAUACGCUUACCGAAGAUGGAGCUACCAACCUUUUCCGGUGAUUCUACAGAGUGGGUAGGCUUUUAUGAUGCGUUCUGUUCAUUAGUAGACGCCAACGCUACACUGUCGGACGGACAGAAGUUGCAUUACCUGCGUAGCUGUUUAAAAGGUGAAGCAUUGAAGAUCAUCAGUGGUUUCCAGAUUUGCGACGCAAACUACAAGGAGGCGUGGGACUUGUUGAAGUCCCGCUUCAAGAUCAUGCGAGUCAUUGUUGAGGCGCACUUCAAAGCAAUGGCCGACAUUCGCAAAGCCGCAAGUGAUACUGCCGGCGCUAUCAAAGGCGUUCUCGACGCAUAUCAGCAGCAUAUUCGUGAACUGAAGGCUUUAGGUCGCGCCGUCGAGUUCUGGGACGAUUGGCUGGUGCACGAGGUGGUAAAUAAAUUAGCGUUCGAGACAAGGAAGCAGUGGGAGCUGUCACUCGUCAGUGAUGAGCCCCCCACUUUCGACCAACUAUCAGCGUUCCACGAAGUAAGGUGUCAAUCGCUAUCGAUGCUUUCGACAGCAACCGGUUCAGCAACACCAGGUAAGCCGACUUCAGCAAGCACAGCAAGCAAGUCUGCCAAGGUUUUCCACGCCUUGCCGGAGAACAACAGUGCGAGCUGCUCCUACUGCAAGGGUGCCCACAAGAUUUAUGCUUGCGAUAAAUUUAUCCGUCUCGAUUCCAAUGCUAAAUCGAAGUUUGUUAAAGAAUCCCGUGUGUGUCUAAUUUUCCAUCAACGCCAUCAUACGCUACUGCACAACACCGCGUCCGCAACUAGUGUCACCGCUCCUGCUCACAAUGCCGACAACGUACAACACGUAGGGGCUAACUACGCUGCCGAAGACGUAGCCCAAGUUGAAAAUGCAACCGCUUUAUCCGCCAUUGGAUCUUCGACAGACACCGCUGCCGCACGCUCUUCUUCCUGCUUGAAGUCGAGUCCAAACCUAGUACCUACAAAUCUAAGAACUGUUCUGCUUGCUACUGCCUUGGUGAAAGUACGCGAUUGCUCCGGUCGUUUUCAAUCCGCACGCUUAUUGUUCGACUCUGGGUCGCACGCCUCGUUCGUGACAGAGUCAUGUGUUCAACGCUUGGGUCUACCAAGGACCUCGUCAACGGUGGUAAUUACUGGGAUUGGAUCCUCGCAAGGUGGCCGAUCUAGAGGUGAGACUUUACUUUCACUUUCAUCUUAUUCCUCAGAUCAAUGUUAUGCAAUCAAUGCGCUGAUUUUGCCGAAGAUCACAAGUGACUUGCCAACUCAGACCUUAGCCACUCAUACAUGGCCACACAUUCAAGGGCUGGUCUUAGCUGAUCCGAAUUUUAUGAAGCCUGGACCAAUAGACCUAUUGGUCGGGGUGGACGUUAUGGAUCGGCUCAUCUGCUCGGAAAUUCGCAAAGGCCCCCAAGGGACGCCUAUAACGCAACGGACGGUAUUCGGUUGGACACUUUUUGGAAGUGUUGAUGGCGCUAGCUCCUCAAACCCACGUCUACAAUCACUACAUUGCGAUGUGCAGUUAGAUAGAGCACUCACGAGGUUGUGGGAGCUAGAGGAGGCUCCGCAAAAGAGGCAUCUGACUUACGAAGAGCGCUUCUGUGAAGAGCAUUUUGAAUCAACGCACCAGAGGUCACCUGAUGGUCGAUUUAUCGUCGAACUGCCGUUAAAAGCUGAUGUUACCUUGGGAGAAUCGCGAAGAUUUGCUGUUCGGAAUCUUCUCCGCAUUGAGAAAAAACUCGCUGUCGACAACGAGUUGCGCUUACGCUAUAACGAAUUCAUGCAAGAACUCGUCGACAUGAACUACAUGGAGCCUGUAACCGAAGCGAUAAGUCAAGCGUUCUACAUGCCGCAUCAUCCCGUCAUAAAGGAGUCGAGCGUUACAACGAAGUUAAGGGUUGUGUUCAACGCAUCUGCAAAAACCACCUCUGGUAAUUCACUAAAUGACGCCUUGUUUGUGGGACCGCAAUUACAACAAGACUUGGUCUCGAUACUGAUGCGUUUCAGAACACAUCGGUAUGCUGUAACCGCAGACGUCGCAAAGAUGUACCGCCAAGUUUGCGUAUCAUCAAAGCACCUUGAUUUACAACGUAUCGUUUGGCGCAAUGAUCCGUCUUUACCCAUCCAAGAUUACAGAAUGUUACGCGUCACUUACGGAGUAGCGGCUGCAUCGCAUCUAGCCGUUAAAUCGCUGCAACAAACUACAAAAUAUUCCAGUAACAAGUCUGAGCAGGCUGCUAAGGUAAUCCUCAAGAACUUUUACAUGGACGAUCUAUUGACCGGCACCUCCUGUAAAAACGAGCUGCAACGGAAUAUCUCGGAUAUUCUAAGCGAAGGUGGCUUUGAGCUUCGCAAGUGGGCGUCGAACUGUGUGGAGCUGAACGAAAAUAUCUCGAACGCAUCCAAAAGCAUUUCGCAUUACAUAGCAGAGGGUAAAGAUGUUCACGCUUUGGGUCUCAUCUGGGACACGGAAGUAGAUAAUUUCACAUUUACAGUUAAUCUUAAGCAACCACCUGAUGUUUUGACAAAGAGAGCGUUUUUAUCGGACGCUAGUUUGCUCUUCGAUCCUCUGGGAUUGCUCGCCCCAACGACGGUUAAGUCCAAAAUAUGGUUCCAGGAGAUUUGGCGUUCCAAAGUCGAAUGGGAUGAUGUCGUGCCUGACGCGAUCGAAACGCAGUGGUUUCAACAUCGUUCAGAGCUACGAGAUCUUGUAAAUCUAAAAGUUAAUCGCUGGCUUGGUACUGGAACGUUUGGCUCAUCAACUGAACUGCACAUAUUCUCCGAUGCGUCAGAACGCGCUUAUGCUGCCGUUAUAUACGCACGUACCGUUCACAGCGACGGCCAGAUUACCGUCGCAUUAAUUACAUCGAAGACCAAAGUGGCGCCAAUUAAAUCGACCACGUUGCCUCGUUUGGAGCUUUGA